AUGACUUCUCCAUCACCCAAGGUCCCGCUAUUCGACGCUCUGAAGUCACCACGUUCACAAACCUACUCGUUGUCUCCGCGUACAUCUCGCUCCUCACACGACUCUGACGAUUCCUUGAGAGCUCUAGAAAUUUCGGAUGGACCUCUUCUGGCUGAUGCACCAAGACCGACGCGUGGCAGAGCAUACUCAAUCUCUGGCUUCGACUUCCAGCGAGAUCUUCUGCCGCUGGCUGCAAGUCUAAGUGAACCCGAAUCUCUUCACGGAGAAGCGCACGAGAAGCACAUAGGGCUUGUGAAUGGCGUCGCGCUUGUCGUCGGAUUGCAGAUUGGCUCUGGCAUCUUUUCCUCCCCGGGAGUGGUGGUUGCUAAUACCCAGAGUGUAGGCGCGAGCUUAGCGGUAUGGCUCGCGUCAGGAUUGCUCGCAUGGACAGGUGCCAGUAGCUUUGCGGAGUUAGGGUCUUCAAUACCUGUAAAUGGAGGUGCGCAGGCGUAUCUCCAGUAUUCGUAUGGCCCGCUGGUCUCGUACCUGUUCGCUUGGACAGCCAUAUCAGCACUUAAACCCGGUGGCAAUGCUGUCAUUAGUUUAAUCUUCGCUGAAUACCUUAACCGGCUCUUCUGGCACAGUACAAGCGCUGAGGUAUCUCCGGAUGACAUUCCACAGUGGGCGAUCAAACUCACCGCGGUUGCGGCGGUCCUCGUGGUCUCCAUCAUCUGUGUAGCCACACCCACUCUCGCUACGCGCACUGCUGUCGUUUUCACCACGAUUAAGAUCGUUUCGUUGGUAUCCAUUACCGUCCUUGGACUCAUCCAACUAGGUAGAGGACAUGCUUCGUCUUCGUUGACGGACCCUCUAUUCGACGGAUCGAGUACUAGCCCGUCGGCAUACGCGCUAGCACUCUAUUCUGGGCUCUGGGCAUUCGACGGCUGGGACCAAGCCAACUACGUUGGCGGGGAGAUGAAGAACCCGGAGAAGAACAUCCCCCGAGCGAUCCAUAUCAGUAUGGCUAUCGUGGCAGCACUGUUCUUACUGGCCAAUCUGGCCUACUUCGCGGUCCUGGACAAGGUGACUGUUGGACUGAGCAACACCGUUGCUCUUGAUUUCGGGCGCGCGCUAUUUGGACCUAUAGGCGGGAUCGUCUUUGCUUGUAUGGUGGCGACCUCAUGCUUUGGGGCAUUAAACGGGUCGUUUUUCACCUCCGCGCGACUUAUAUAUGUGGCUGGACGGGAAGGAUAUCUGCCCGCGUUGUUCGGUCGGAACAACAAGAAGCUCAAGACCCCGCUCAAUGCGAUGUGUUUGCAAGCUGCGCUCACAAUUACGUUUAUUGUCUUUGGUGGCGGUUUCCGGACUCUCAUCAACUUUGCUGUGGUCGCGUCUUGGGCGUUUUAUUUCCUUACUGUACUUGGAUUGGUUAUCUUACGGAUCAAAGAACCUAUGUUAGAACGACCUUAUAAGACGUGGAUCACGACACCACUUAUUUUCUGUGCUGUAUGCUUGUUCCUGCUAUGCAUGCCGGUCAUUGCAGCACCACUAGAAGCGAUGGCCGUGGUAGGCUUCGUGCUGGUGGGUAUACCAAUCUAUUACAUCACACGGAGAAACCACGGCGCGCCAACGGCGAUUUCAGCUUUCUUCUCGAACUGCUUCGCGCGAAUACGCGGCAGGCCCUCCCCGAGUUCGGGCUGGGAGGCGGUGGCGACUGAGGGAGACGAACAGGUUGAGAUGGCGCAGCAAACACGGACGUCGUGA